AAGAGGUAAGAAGUGUCGAGUGAAGAGGAGAAGAGGAGAAGAUGUUGUAAAGGUGAGCCAGAUGAAAGUAAAUGGAUGUAUUAUUGUUGAGGCAGACUUGCAGCACAAGCCCUGCUCCAGCUUUUUAAUGACAUUGAUUGACUGAGAGUUUUGAAGACAGUUACUAAUUAGUCUGUCCAAAUGGGAGUCAUCUCUUCAGUCUCUAUAUCUUAUCAUCAUGUCAAAACCACUUUGGGCUCAAUCAAAAAUGUUCAAUAAAUAUGUGUUGGCAAUUAGGAUGGUAAAUCAGGUAUGUUGCAUGCAAAACAUGCAGCAGGUUAUUUGAUGUGAUCUCAUAAUAAAUUGUUUUUCAUUCUGGCUUCCGCAGCUAUGGACUGGGAGAAGUCACUGAACCCAUCCAGGGUGAACUCUUCUACUCCAGCUCUUCCUUCUUCAUCCCCAGCCAUGUCUGACUCUUCAUCCUCCUUUUCCUCCUCUUGCUGCAACUCUUCUCGCCCCUUCUUCUUGACCUCCCCGUUCUCAGCUUCUUCCUUUUCUGGCCUGGACCUCCUAUUUAACCUCAAGCUCCUCUUCAUCCCUCUCUACUCUGCUGUGGUCCUGAUCGCCUGCUCUGGGAACGUCCUACUGCUCUUUCUCAUCUGGCACAACAAGAAAAGACACAACACCACAAACUUCCUCAUUAGCAACCUGGCGCUUGUCGACCUGGUCAUGUCCAUCUUCUGUGUCCCUUUGACGGCAUCCUACGCUUUUGACAAGCGUGGUUGGGUAUUUGGACCCCUCAUGUGUCAUUUUGUCACUGUAAUGCAGUCUGCAGCUGUCUACGCAGCGGUCCUGUCCCUCAUGGCCAUUGCAGUCGAUCGUUACGUUGUUGUGGCUUAUCCCAUUCGCAAGAGAGCUGGUUGCCAGUUUUGCUGGGCUCUGGUGGUCCUAAUCUGGCUGUCUUCUCUGGCUUUAUCCGCACCUACAGCGCUGCACACUGUCUACCUGGACCUGCGGGCUGCAGGCCUGCAGAUGGCCGUGUGUGAGGAGUUCUGGAAUGGCCAGGAGCGAGGUCGCCUCAUCUACUCCUGUUUCAUUCUCUUCUUCUCCUACUUUGUCCCUCUGGCUGCUGUCUCCAUUUCCUACUGUGCUAUAUCCUAUCAGUUGAAGCAGAGGACCACAUCUGGUUUGACCGCAUGUCCAGAGCUGAGAUCUGCGAGGGCCACCUGGAGCAGACGGAGGAGAAAGACUUUCUGCCUGCUGCUGGUGUCCGUCCUCUGUUUUGCCUUUUCAUGGCUCCCCUUACAGGUGGUGAAUCUGAUCCGUGACCUUGACACAGACUUCUCCAUCUUGGGGAAGAAUUACAUUAAUGUCAUCCAGGUGUCGAGUCACCUGUUUGCCAUGAGCUCUGCUUGCUACAACCCUUUUAUUUACGCCUCAUUACAUGACAAGUUCCUGUCCUACCUGUGUCGCCACAUCCUGUCCCGGAGAAGAGGAAAAGGAAAGGACCAGGGUCGAGUGUCAAGCAUCCUGACAAUGUCUCAUAGAAUGCCACGUCUUCACAACUCCACCAUUGUGGCAGAUUUUCCAGGUGCUGCUGCAAAUAACAUGGUUCUUCAAGACAAUUACGCUUAAGUUGUUGUUACAGAUGAACAGACACAAGAAUUUUACCCAACGGUGAAUGUUAAUCUCUGCAUCAGAAAUCAUCUUCAGAUUUAAUAUGAAUCUUGUCAGCCUUCAUACUGAUAAAUGCAGUGAAAAGAGAAUCCAUUUAAAGUACAGUGAAAUUCAAACAGCUCACACAGUGGAGUUGGCUUUCAUGAAACAAAAAUUACACACUGUCUCGAUCAUUGAAUUUAUACAGAUGUAAAAACAUCAGCCUGUUUUGAUUUAAAGGAUUUAUUUGUGUAAUGACUUUUUUACUUUUCAUGUAUGGAUGUUUAUGUACUGAAAGUCCAUGUAGCACUGAAAAAUAUGAUAACGUGAGUUUAAAAAUAUACUUCAGACAGUGAUUUUGCUCUUAUCCUUGCAGAUAAAACACAAUGAAAUUUAGUUUUUCCAUCCGAUUCUUGUACGUAUU